GGAAGUUCCUUUUUCGUCACAUCAGCAAACCCUUCAAUAGUGAAACCAAAGCAUUUUUACACCUAUUUGACGGAUUACAUUUAUUUAAGUGAUGCAUGUUUUUGUUUACGUGGAGGCUUGUUUGACUGCAGUCUCACUGACGGGACAAUAACAGACUGCAAACUCUUUCCACGAUGUAUCUUGUGUAUGGACGGUACUGAUAUGUUCAAUUAUUAUUGUUUUGCUUGCUAAAUAGCAGUUAACCCUGCAUGUACUCUUUAUAGGGCAAAUCGCGCUCUCCCCUGGACUAUUUGUCCCUGAUUAAGACCUGUGUCAGCACAAACACGACUAAUAGGAUGAUGUGAGACGAAAUAAUGGAUGAUAUUAUUUGUGUCAGCUCGGGCAGCGACGACGACUCUGAUUUAGAGGUUAUAAGUAGUUACAAAGAAGUCAAAGAAGAUGCAGUUCCGUUCAUCCGAGCAGGAUGGCUUCCAGUCACACCUGUCCUCAUCGAUAUCACAGGCCACAAUUUGGUCCCUCCCAGGGGAAGAUGCUCAAGUAAAGAAACAUGCUCCACUUUAGAAGUGAUAGAUCUAAGUGGCGACUGUCAUCCUGAUUAUGUUGAUGUGCAGCUGCAAAAUCCAUCGUUGGCUGUACAAUCAGUAGACCGUGGAGACAAGCAUGUAAUACCAACAUCUAUUAGAAAAUCUCAAGAAUCAGAAUCUCAAACCAACAAUUUUGAAAAAGAUGGGGCUAAUUCAGGAUGUUUCAUUGAGAGCAAUGUGCAGUCUAUUCUCUCUAAGUCACUCAGCCGGGAAAACACUUUCACACAACUGAAUAUCCAAAGAACAAGAGAUCUUUUGCAUCAGGACACAAAUUUGAAUUCAAGCCUGCCAUAUGAGCAGUUAAGCUGGGACGAGUUCUUGGGAAAUUGCAACUCUUCAAGUAAAAGCCCUUUUGAAAAUGCAUCUGAACUAUUGAAGAACUCCGUUGUAGAUCUAACGCAGAACACUAAAGAAGCACAACUUAGUUUCUCAUCACCAGCUGCCAGUAGUUUAGGAGAAAACCAAGAAAAUGAAGGAAAUAUAGAUUCUUCUCAAAAAUGGAAUGCCAGUAUUCACUCUCUGAACAGCCUUGACAGUCCAUAUUAUUGCCCAAGUGAGGUAGAUGCUUAUAUAUUCUCUGAUGAAUCCAAUAAGCUUGAAGAUAAGGAUCAUUCCUUUACAAUGUGCAGCGGUCAGCAAUCACCUCAAAUAUCUGAACAUCUUUCUAAUAUUCAUACUGAGUCAUCAUCCAAUCCAGUUGCGUCAAAAAAGGACUGUCAAACUAUGAAUAUGGGUGAAAGUGAGCACAUACAUAAAAUGCCAGUCACCCAGGUUGAGCUGCAUCCUUCAUCCUCUUCCAUAUCUACCUCAUCAUGGGCAUCGCCCCCCUGUAGCCCUGAACUGAAAUCUAGACAGAAUCAGCCUAGUAAACCCAACAGUCCCACCUCCACAGAGAUCCUUGCCAGCGAUACAGUGGCAGACUCACCUGAUCUGUCUUUGGAGAGCUCACUAAGUAGUCACCUCAGCUUCCCCAUCUCUCUGCCCCUUUCACCAGCCUUUUCAGAGAGAGCAGAGUUAAGAAGAAACGAUUUAGAUGCAGUAUCCCUUGAAGGCACUUCAGCAAGGCUUUGGGAGACAAGCACAAGCAGCAGUGGAGACAGUGAAGUUGUGCUAGAUAAUGUGUCAGAUCUUUCUGAAGACAACACACAAGGCAGACAACAUAUUUGUCUGGCUCAGUAUAGAAAGUUGAGGCAGUAUAUGGGUGGAACAGCUGCACACAUGCAUGAAGAUGAGGAGGAAGAUGAACACUAUGGCCCCACUGAACCCCUAUGCCGGCAGAGCCUCAGCUUGGUCUACAGCACUAUCGAGGAGAAUUACCCGGAGGGCACUCUUCAGCUGCUCUCUGAUUUUAUUCAGCCUCUGUACUGUCCACCUGUGGAUAUCACAUCACAUCUGCUCAGGGGGAUUUUCUUGGACCCACAGAGCCCAGAAGUUCUAGCCAUAGAGGCCUACAACCUAUUGAUGAAGACACAGAGAUACCAUCCUGUGGAUACAUCUACAGUCCCGUGGGAUUGGGAACUACUGGUGUCAGUUAUGGAAGAACAAGAUGACACUAGGAGGUUGCGGAUGACCGUCAAGAACAUGCUCAUGCAAUAUGUGUUGCAAGUUUUAGAAGAUGACUUUCAGUUUAAACUAACAACUCAGCGUCUUCAACACUCUAUUGCAAAGACAAAGCUGUCUUGUGACCAAAGGUUCAGACAGGUCAGGGAUAUAAUAAAUUGGAUGAUGACUGCUGCAAAGGAAUUAGUGAUGCACUCAAACGAUGUUGAAUACUCAAAGAAAGAGAAGGACAACUGUCUUAAGAUUUUAUUAUCUCUUCAGAGGAUGUUGACAUUGGCCCUGGAGGUGGACAGGACUCCAACCUGUAGUUCAAGCAAACUUUCACAAGAGCUAUUCCACAGUCUUAACAGCACAUCUCCAUGCCGGCAAUUAAGAUUCUUAUUGUUAAGCACCAUGGAGAGCAAGCUGCUGAGGUGUAAGUUAUUGGAGCUGCUGUUGGACGAGGCUUGCUCUCUGAAGAGACGCCUGCCAAUGUCUCUAAGCUUGCUGCUACACUACCUUCAGAGCACCACACUGGCUUCAGACCCCUCUGAUGGAGCAGAGAGAUGGAGGAAGUGGGAUGAACUUCUCCAACUUCUGUGGAUGCUGAUGCUCAGUUAUGAAGAGGUGGUGACAGGUCACCUACGCUGUCCCAUCCCAGAGCGUUUUGACAAGACGCGUGCUCCGGUUUGGACGCUGAAUGACCAGGUGACGCGCUUAGCAGUGCGAGAGGCAGCAGAAGCCUUCCGGUGUCGUACAUCAAAGGACAUUGGAUAUCCUCUUCCCAUGGAAAUGCAGGAGUCGCUAUCCCAACUACAGGAACAAUUAACUGAAAUGUCCAGUGUUAUUGCAAGUUCUUUCCCAAGUUUUCUUUUAAGAAAAUAACAUAUUUAUAUGAUUUGUUUUUUAAAUAAAUAUAUUUUAAAUGA